GCGAUCGUUGAGUCCGUCGUCUCUUCAUCUAAAGCGUAUUGUCGAAGGGUUACUACCUUCUCUCUAGACAAAAAAUUGAUCGGCUAUGGCAAGAAAAUGGCGAAGGAAACAAUCGUCAGAAACGAUCUUCACGAUGGCUUGAGGAGACAAUGCGUUUAGUCCUGUUGCGACGUCGGCUAUUAUUUUAACGAACUAGACUGCAGGAAUCCAUUGCAAUUGGACGACCGUUGAAAUCUUCGCCCCCACUUUGGCAAGGCAAAUCUUGGCUGAGCACGAAUACGAUACGGCAGCGAUGUACGGUGAUUUACUGUAGAUAACCCGCAGUCUGACUUUACAGCGAGGUAUAAAAAGCACUCAGCUAGCAGUGGCCGACGGCCCCAGGUCGAUCCACUGCUUAUCACUCGCCAGUGUCAUCUGUUUGGUUCUCUGCCGUCGUCUGAGACAGAUGUCCUUUGGGACAAUGGACAGGAACAUCGCCCCAUAAUUCCAUCUGCUGCGUCACAGUCGAAAGAGGGCUUGACACUACAAUGUUCUCAUCGAAAGCUAACGGGAGACAUCGGGAAGGUGGGGCAGAAACAAAACUCGGGAAAUACUUGAGCGUUCCAUAGAAAAUGACUUCGAACUUCUGUGACCUUACUUUGGCUAAUGAUGAACGUAGUGAUGCUGACGCUGUUGGUGACAUGGUUGCAGGAAGGAACAGUGUGCUUAGGGAACUGAAAAGUGUCCUGCAUGACGAGCAUAAGAUGACAGCGACCUCGAAUUCUCCGAAGGCGAUUGUCACAUCUAUGCCUCCCGCCGGGUCGUCGACUGUGGCCAUCUCGACACCCGAUGGACGGUCCGGCUGUCCACCAGCAACGGGGCCGGCUAAUGCCCGCCCAGUGCUCUGCUUUCAGCACUGUCUUCGCGAGGUGCAUCUCUUGUGCCUGCAAUUGCCUAACACUUGUCCUCUAUGCGAUAAGAUAGUGGACAGGAAUUGCUUGUUGCUAUCACCCUCAGUAAUUCCGUCACCGUUCGGGCCAGCUUCAUCGUCGCCGUGUAGCGUGGUUAUCAAGCCAUCGAAAGGUUCUUUUCUCACCUCAUUAACGACCUCAUUGGAUCUACACGUUGGAUUAACGGAUUCGCACGGCAUCGUUCACGAGUAUGAUCGUCGAGGUUUGACCGUUGGAGCUGGCGAUUGGAGACAGUGUGUUACAAUACCUCUAAGUGCUGAUUCCAACGAGUCGAAGACGAUCGAUUCCAAUUUCUGGGAUUAUACUCUCGAGAUUACGGAGAAUCGUCAGUGCUGGUCACGUGAGUGCUACGACGGCGAAGAUCACAAUUGCUUCACGUUUGUACUGGAUUUUGUUCGUAUGCUCCAGCUGCCUGGUCUGUCGGCUGUGGCCUUAAAUCGGACACAGUUCUGUCAGCAAGUGAUUUGUCCACGGAUGAAGUCAGUGGCGCGGUACGUCACGCUAUACCGGAAACUUGAAGCGGAUCACAUCUACGUAAAGAAGAUUGCUUGACCAAAUGCAUAAUUAGCCGAUUAUGCUUGAAUUUGUACGAAGUCCGCAAGCAAUUAUUAUUUGUAAUUACUCGCUUCGCAGAGUUUACGCGUGGCCUUGUUCCUUCAGCUAAUGGGAGUAUCGUCAUCGUCGAAAGAGGCCGAGUAUCCUCAACGCUGUGGAGCAUAAACAAAGCAGUAACUUGAGCGGAUAUAAUAAUGUGCUCCGUCUACUUGUGGUAAUUUUUGGGUAGCAGUAGUCAUUCGGUGGCUAUCUUCUCGAUCAACCUGUCACUGUAGUCUGCAGUAAGUGGCACAGCGAAACAGGUGCGUUGGUCCUCCUUGGGCUAAAUCUUAGCGCUACCUACGUAAGCCAAAAAAGUAUCACAUCUAAAACACAAGGGGGCGCUUAACCUUCAUUGUUCAUUCAGGAGAGAAUUGAAAGAAGAGACUUAGCAUAUGUGACGCCAUUGUUAUUACAUAGAAGAAAAGAUGUAGAAAAGUUCACGAUUUCAAAGGGUUGGAACUAGCACGUUUAAUACGUUUGGCACAACCGCGGUAUAGAAAGCCAAAUUUUCAAAACAGUGUAAUGUACGUUACUCGUUGUUGUGGAAAAUUUAACAAUAACGAUAAUGAUAUUGAUUUCUGCCACUUUUCGAGCCGUCCAAACGGUUAUAGUGAGAAGCUGCACUUCAUAUCAAUAAUGAAAUACGAAAGAUAGAGCACGGGUCCGGCUGCGGCACGCCAAUGGUUAGGAAAAAAAAAAGAAAUUUAAUUUGAACGUUUCGCUAAAGGGAUAUGCGAUUUCAACGAAUCCAUCCAGCUGGUGAUUUAUACACUCAUGAUGCAUAUAUUAUGUGAUUCGUCAAAAAAAAAA